AUGCCAUCGGACAAUGCUUUCCCUCUUCAUGAGGCUUGUAGAGAAGGUCAAAUUAUCCGAGUGAAAGAGCUUAUUGAUGAGCAGCCGAAACUCACUUUAACAAAAGACCUCGACAGCAGAUACCCAAUCCAUUGGGCUGUUUCUUACCAGCAUGAAGAAAUCGUAAAUUUCUUGCUGUCACAAAUGCAAACUGUGGAUCUCGAUGAACUGUUAGACGACUCUGGGUGGUCUGCUUUGCACAUUGCCAGUUCUGUCGGAAACUUGAACAUUAUUACAAAGCUCAUCAACCAUACCAUAAAGCCAGAUGUGUGCUUGUCGACCUCGCGGGGUAUAACCGCAUUGCAUCUAGCUUGUUCCAAACAACAUGUAUCUGUUGCUCAGCUGCUGAUCGAGGAAGGAGCUUCUGUAAGACAGAAGGACUCCAGAAAUCAGUUACCACUGCACAGAGCCGCAAGUGUGGGAAAUGUGUCUUUGGUUGAAUUGUUAUGCCUGCAUAAGUCACCGGUCAAUACCAAGGAUGUUCAGGGCUGGACCCCGCUUUUCCAUGCGCUCUCAGAAGGAAGAGGUGAUGUAGCAGUAAUUCUGGUCAAGACUUAUAACGCUGAAUAUCGUGAUUUGAAAGACGUUUAUGGUAAAACGCCUUUGGAUGUAGUUGCUGAUCAAAAAGUCAAAGAGUAUUUUAUGCAAAAUGUUGAAUGA